CAGACACUUCGGAGCAAGUGGAGUUCAGUUGCGACUUUGCGAGGUCAGACACUUCGGAGCCACCACCGAUGAUGGAGCGGGGAAAACUACGGCAAGUUUCCCCAUUUCUCUUUCGAAUCCCUAUAAAUGCGCUCCAUGGAAACUGCAUUUCAGUCUGCAGAGUGGAGAGCAGGCGAGCAACGCCACCAAGACGCUUCAAGUGGCGGAGCAGAGCGGCAGCUAGCGUCCGAUGCCGCCGAAGCGGCGGCGGGAGGGCAGUGGUGGGUCCGGCGGCGUCGGCGGCGGCGGCGGGAGAGGAGCAAGAGCAGGAGUUGGUGGUGGUGCUGGUGGCGGAGGCGGAAGCUGGCCAAAGCAACCGCCUCCGCCGCCGCCUCGUGCGCCGGCGCUAAAGAGGCGAUGCCGUUCGUUCGACCUUGAGAUUAGGGGCUGCAGGCACAUCCAGGAACUCACCACCAGGGUGGAGGCGAUGGAGGCUGCCAUUAACCGGAUACCGGAAGAACUGAGAAAAGUACUUGCGAGCCAUUUCAACAUUAUUCCUGGAGCAAGAAUUGAAAAGAACCUGCCUCCAACCUACAAACUUGUUUUCAUGAAUAGCAUGAGUGAUGAAAUGUUUACAAAAAGGGAUGUCCGUGCGGUGGAUGGGGGUCAAAUCAAGGUUAAAAUGAUUGUAAGCAAUCAGCAAGAUAAAGAUUGUUCCCGUCUUCUUUCCUCCAAUGUCAAGAUUGUAGUUCUCGAUGGUGACUUCAAUGUGGACAAUCGUGAGGGCUGGACAUCUGACGAGUUUGACGACCAUAUAGUACGUCCACGUGACAAAGUUGGAGCAGUGCUUACGGGAAAGCUGGAUGUUAAACUGAAAGAUGGUGAGGCUUGUCUCCAUGACAUUACCUUCAUUGAUAAUUCCAGCUUCACAAGGAGUCGAAAGUUCAGGCUUGGGGUAAAGCUUCUUGAUGAUUUUGGCGAGCGAGUUCAAGAAGGUGUAACUGAACCUUUCAUUGUUAAGGACCGCCGUGGAGAAGGAUACAGAAAGCGUGAAAUUCCAAGGUUAGAUGAUAAAGUAUGGUGCCUGAAAAAGAUUGGAAAAGGUGGUGUCUUCCAUAAGGCAUUGGAAGCUAAUGGCAUUUCUUCAGUUGAGCACUUAAUGAGGUUGUAUUAUAAGGAUGAGAAAGCUCUGCGCAAUAUCCUCGGUAAUGUCUCACCGGCUGCCUGGAAAACUAUUAUUGAUCAUGCUAAGAAGUGUGAUCCUGGGAGAUCCCUUUACUCUCACUUUAUUGAAGACAAGAACAUUAGGGUGUACGUCAGUUCUCUGGGUCAGAUUGUUGGAGCAACAAUAGCUGGUCAAUAUAAUGCUUUUUGUGAUCUUGAUACUCUUAGCAAGGCCCAAUUGGGAGAAUUAAGCAAGGAUGCAUAUAAAUAUAUAACCUACCAUCAUCAUGAUUAUGAAAUGUAUAAUGGGCAGCCAAGACCAAUUAACUGCAGCACACUCCAGGAAUCUAUCAUUCCUGGGCAUAAGCCUACUGAACCUGAUGAUCAAACUAUUCAUGAAGCAGAUGAGCAUGGAACUUCAAAGGUCAAUGGAUUUUCUGGUACUCUCUCCCAGCAGUGUAUAUUUGGAAGGAUUGGAUCUGUGCGAGUGAGGACCUUACCUUCUGUACCAGAAAACAAUGAAACUGAUGCGUCUUUUGACAUCGAUGUCCAGAUGGGAUCUGGUACUGGAUUUCAGUAUGAAGCUCCGGAAGAAUAUUACACUGCUGGUUCAGUAACACUUCAUUGCCCGACCACUGCUUCAAGCGAAAUUAUAGCAUCAGUAGCACUGGAUCAAACAGCCUUGGCAAACCAUCAGGAGGAUUAUCAGAUGUCUUUCACAAACAAUGGUCCUUCACUUGGUCACUGGUAUCCGGAGCAAGAGCAUCUAAUGGCUUCUCAGUAUGCAUCUCCUUUCCCACUGAUUAUGCAAGCUGGUGAUCCUGUUUUGUCGACACAAAGCAGCUUUAACAUUGAUGAGUUUAUCAAAGACCUCCCGCACGAUAAAUAUCAGUUCUGCGCACCCGAUGUGAGUAUGCUGCCAACCGAUAUUGGCUGCAGCAUGACGAAGCUGCCUGCCUAUCGUAGGUGGGUUAAAUUGAGCGCGCUUGUCAAGUGGAAGGCUAUAAUGAGGGCUUCGAAGCGAGCAAGACUUGUUUGAGCAAGAAAGUUGGAGCUCCUGAGCAGUUCACACAAAUGAAACUGAUGUUGAUAUUUUGUUCUUGCAGUAGUCUAAAUUCUUUGCUGUGGCUUUAUUGUAUUCAUUGUUUAUUUAUUCUGUACUAAUAUUCGUAUUGUAUUCAUUGUUUAAACUCAAAGAGAGCAAGACUUAAUGCUUGUACUGUGAUGUACCAAUAUGGUGAGAUUUCUGUAACUUAUCAUGAACUUGCGACUUGUAUUGCUGGUAGUCCCAAAGUUGUCUGUAAAAUGUAAUAAAAAGAUGGAAUGCUGUCAUUCUUGCA